AUGAAUUGGUUCAACUCUCUACCCAUAGGGUCGAUUGACACCUUCGCUAGGUUAUCAACCCGUUUCACCAACCAAUUCGCCAUCAACAAACAAUAUGCCAAGACCCCAGCUCAUCUUUUCUCUGUAGUACAGAGAGAUAACGAAACGCUCCGUAACUACAUUAAGCGUUUUGUAGAAGCCGUCCAUGAAGUCCCCAGUGUAGGGCAAGACAUGCUCUCCGGGAUUAUGCAGCAGAACUUGAAACCGGGCAGAUUCAAAGAAUCUAUCGCCGCAAGACCCACGGGCAACCUAGAGGAGUUGCUGAAUCGAGCCGAAAAAUACAUCCGGAUAGAGGAAGUCUCUACCCAUGCUCCUUCUAAAAGGAAAAGGGAAGAUGACCGUCAGGACAACAGGAGGCGCGAUGAUCGACGUCCACCACUUCCACCUCAAGGCCAACCCUCUACCUCCUACAAUAGGUUCACUCCGCUAAACGCCCGCCUCACUGAAAUCCUUCACGUGAUAGAACAGAAAGGUUUAGCAGAGCCUCCACGUCCUAUGCAGCCAAAUGCAAAGCGAGAAAAGUCGGAUCGUUAUUGUCGAUUCCAUAAGGACAUAGGGCAUACUACGGAGGGAUGUGCACAACUCAAAGUGGCAAUUGAGAGGCUGAUCAAACAUGGCCAUUUAGGCGAAUACAUUGAUAAGCCUCGAAAUAACGCCGUGAUGAUCCUCCACGCCGAGAUAAUAAUCGAGAUCAACAGCAAAGGCGAGAGGAUGGGGGUCAUCGACGUGACCUAG